AUGAGCUCCCUCAUCUCCCACCCAAAAGCCAACCACAUCUCCGCCCAUUCCUCCCCUUCCUCCGCCUCUUCAGCCUGCGCCGCUUGCAAAUACCAGCGCAGGCGCUGCACUCCCGACUGCACCCUCGCCCCUCAUUUUCCGGCCAACAACCCCCGGCAGUUUCUCAACGUCCACCGCCUCUUCGGCGUCUCCAACAUUUUAAAAAUCCUCAAGACCGUUGAGCCCCACCUGCACAAAGAAGCCAUGGCCUCCAUUAUCUUCCAGGCCAACGCGCGCGCCCGCGACCCCGUCGGCGGUUGCUACCGCAUUAUUCUUCAGCUUCAGCACCAGCAUGAGGCUCUCUCUUCCGAGCUUCAGUGUGUUCUUAACCAGAUCGCUAUCUAUCGCACUCAGAUUGAAAAAGCAGCCAGCAUGAUCGGUUCUGAUGAGGCCAUCUACACGCCACCAGACGCCAUCAUCGACAUCUACGAAAACAUGGCUAUCAUGCAGCAGCAACAGGCACAACAACAACAACAACAACAACAAUACGGCAACUAUUUCUUCUGCGGUGCGCAAGAGCCUUAUCAAAACAUUAAUUCUAAUGAAAACACCAAUAAUAUGCUGGCCAAUGAAGCUGAAUUUGAUUUGAGCAUGAAUUUGCUUGGGAAUGAUAUGUUGGAGAUGGACAUGAUUGGUUCCAGACUGAAUUUUGGGCAAGAGGAGGAUGUUAAGCCUCUUGAUGAUACAUUUGGCAUGCGAAAUACAUUUGUAAAAAAUGAGGACUCUUUGGAUGUCACUGCUGGUUCAUCCAUCACAGCCGUUCAAUGCAGCUCCAAUACUGAACAGAAAGAUGAUCAGAGCCCCGUAGAACAACUGCAGGAACAUGAGCUGAAGUGUGCUGCUUCAUACUUCACAUUACAAAAUUGCAAUAUCUCAGUUGUAUAA